CUCUCCCGCUCCCAUUGGUCGGUUGCCUCGUGUUGAGGAACCGAGGAGUUGUGGGCGGCCUGUUGGGGAGGAGGGGUAUCGCAAUGGAGGGUUCGCGCGUCCUUCCCCGGUGCUGUUGCGGCGCUAGCAGAGCGAGGGUUCAUUGCGACGCUGUGUAACGAAACUAAAAAGUUUAGCUGGCGACUGUGUUGUUACGCGAGAACGAGACUCGAUGGCGGCGUUUAGCGAAACGGCCGAGUUGGAGAACGAGGUGCUGGAAGCUGGUCAAGUGUACCUGCUUAUGAAGAAACAGUAUCGCAUCUCUCGGAACAUGCGCUCAGCGUGGUUUUUUUCAAACCUCAACCGGAUUGUAGCCCCAACACCCCUACACGAACUGGAGAGUGGUGAUGGUGAUCUACUCGUGCUGUCAGUACUGCCCAAGGGCUGGCAACCUGGUGACAGCCCUCCUUGUGGCUCAGCUACUGCCGAUGAUGAUCGUGGAGGAGGAGUGAUGCCCCCAUGCCGACUUGUCCCGUCGAGUCACGUGAUCUUUCUCGCGUGCCGCUACCGCUUCGUCAUCGCCCUAGACCUCAGCCCCUCCACAGCCGUUGUGGAUGAUUGGUGUGGAGAGAUCGUGUUCGACCGUGUGUUCCGCACGUUGGCGCUGUGUCUGCGUCGUCUGGCACGUCCUUUCUUCGUCCCGGGAACGAGGAAUUUGUUUCGGCCAGAGAUCUUCAUCACUGUGCUCGCCUACUCGCCCUUCAUGGCGUCGGGAUCGCAGCAGGUGCUGGUGCAGGGGUGCCGGCUGGACCGCGUGCACCUCCCCUCCUUCCUGCAUGACGUGCGGGUGCAGCUGAUGCGAUUUGAGGGCCACGUCGCAGAGUUUCUGCAGAAGCAGCGGGAGCCCAUGAUGGCACAGGACGAUGGCGACGCUCCCAUCUCCCCACCACCUCUCCCCUCCUCUCCCACUGGCCCCACCGCCCCAGCCCCUUUGGUCCGACCCCCACCCUCCGUGCCCCCACUUGGCGCCGGUGUGGCGCGGCACCUGGCAGAACCCGUGGUUAUGGUGACGGCGGACGUGGGGCUUGUGAGCGUGCUACGCUAUGGGGUGCUCGCCCUGCAGCUGCUGCCCGCCAACACGAGCUCUGGUAUCAUCGUGAUCACAGACGGGGUGACGAGCAUUCCUGACAUCAACUACUGCGACAUGCUGCUCACGCAGCUGCGCAAUAGCACCGUUGCCUGCUCCUUCCUGCAGGUGGGAGGUGUCUUCUCUUAUGACUGCAACUUUGGCCACGUCCCGAAUGUGGAGAUGAUGCGCUUCAUCGCCACAGCGACGGGAGGCACCUAUGCGGGACCUGAAGUAUUUCAUGGUGACAUUGAUGACUACAGCCGUGAAGACGACGUUUAUGAGGGCGGAGGGCAGGAGUGCGGACAGGAAUGGCAGGGGAGGAGGGAGAGUGGGAGCUGCAUUGUUAAAGAGGAGGUUGGGACAUUAGGAGAUGUGCUGCUGCAUCAGCAGGAGGUGGUAGGAGCGGGAGCCAAGAGUGGCUGUCGGUCAACGGGUAGCUUGACGAUGACGGCCUACCACAGGGCUUUCCUGACGUACAGCUUCAUGGAGGCAGCAAGAGGUGGCGGUGUCGGAGACAUGUGCGGUGCGGAGCACCGGCUGUUUAAUGAGCACCUGGCGUGGGCUAGCGCCAAUCCUGCGCUGGCUACACGGCGGAAAAAGCACACCGAGCGUGAGGUUCACGCGGAGCUGGGCAGCAUCGUGUCAGUGCGGCUCCGUGAGGGCUACAGCGUGAGGGAUGUGGCUCUCACCAAGGGAGGUUCCCAGAUCGAGGUGAAGCUCGUGUUGCCAUGGAAACAUAACCUUCGAAUCGAGUACUGCGUGUCAGCUCCCUGGCCUCAGCACCGCUCUCCUCCGCCAUCAUCACCGCUGCUCAUCGCAACGACAGGAGCAGCAGCAGCAGCACAUUCUCUCUCCCACUGCAGCUCAACCACUACCUCGUCAAUAUCGUCAACAUCCUCCUCAUCAUCAGCCCAAGCAUCAACACCGUCAUCGACCACCAACACAUCAGCAUCGCACUUUGUGUCAACUUCCACAGCAGCUUCCUUAUCAGCUGUCACCUCUACCACUACUUCCACCGUCACCUCUUCCACUUCUACCUCAUCAUCGAGUGCGGUUGCUGGACACUCAAAUUCAACAGUGUCGUCAUCUUCAUCAUCUUCGUUGGCAACGGCGGGUGGAGCAGGGACUGCUCGUGGCGGGUCCGCCGUGCAGCCUGUGUGCUUAACCGAGGUGACGAUGGAGGGCGGGUAUGAGGUGCUGCACGACAUCACCUGCACCAUGAGGAAGCCGAUCGCCUCUCCCUAUCGCAUGGCUGUUGUUCGCAAAUUCUGGCAGACGCUGCUCGGGAUUGCCCAGACCGACCAGCUGCUCGUUCACCUGCAGUCGUUCAGCAGUAACCCAGCAUUCUACACCGUGCCGGAGAGCACACGGAAUGGAGUGCCCCUCUUCUACCUCCCACCGGGCUCCAGCACACCUGUGCUGUCCCUGCAGCAGAGUGGGCUGGGCAAGGACUCGAGCCAUGGGCAGUUCUCAGGCUACUGGAAGCCCGUGUUCUCUCUUGAUGUGGGCAAACUCCAGCGGUGGAUGCACCUGCAUCGCAUUGGGGUCCUGUUGCAACAUGACAUGCCUGUACCACGAUUCAUCCACACCCCCAAUUCAAACGGCCGUUUUGCCACGGUGCAAAGUCGAGUGGCAAUGUCGGCCCUCACCUCCCUCCUGCGUACGUGGAGCUCCUUUGUGCUGGUGGAGGCAAACUCCUACGUGAAGCUCGUAGAUUUACCAAAUGGUUCAGUCACAUUCUACCUGGUGCGGAUUUCAGCAAAAGCUCCCUGUGUCGUCCUCCGCUUGGCGUUUCCGCUUGAGACCCCAGCUUCAACGCGCAACAAGGUUGUGGACGACCUGAGGAAACAGAUUUGGGAGAUGAGUUUUCCACAGCGCGUGUUGCAGCAGCCGCAGCCACAACCGCAGCAGCAGCAACAGCAGCAGCCAGAGGAAGUGCAAAAGGGCAAGAGCAAGACGUGUUUGUUCACAGAAAGCCCCGCAGCUUCAAAAUCGAGUCAGCCGCCACCCUCUUCAGACCGUCCUUGUGCUGUGCUGCUGACAAAACCCGUGGAAAAAUUGCUGAUUAGGUAUGAGCGAGCCCCCAUCGACUACUUGUCUCCUCCUGCUCCAGCGCCUCCACUGCCCAUGAUGCAGCAGCGGCAGCCCCCGCUGCUACUGGCGGCCUCUGCUGCUGUCCCCGGCUCCCCGUGCUCGGCACUCGCUCACUACUUCACUCACCGCCGCUGGGUAUUCAGCGUGGAACCACUGGCUUCCUCCAACGCCUCAUCGACCACCUCCCCCACCUCCUCAUACACGGCUGUGGUCAUGGCAGCCUGCACCAGACUUCUGCAGACACUCGCAGAACUCCGUCUUGCUGAGGGCUUCAACUUUGCAGCGAGUGGGGAUGGGGUCGUUUCUAUGGUGACAGAGUUGCCCAUGAAGGCAGAGUGUGAAGGUAAAGGUGAUUGCGAUGAGGUGCAGACUUGUCUGGUUCAGUAUGUGCUCUUCCCCCCUCUCAGCAGUUCACCCAGACACACGUUUUCAACUGAUGAAGAUGGCGAUGAUGAUGGUGAAGAUGACUGCAAUGGUGACCUCUUGGGUUCUGAUGGAGAGGUAAUGCUUCUUGUCUCAACCGAGUGCUGGUUGGAGCCCCUGUCGGGCCGGGUAUCAAUCCCACCUGAACGCUACGCUCAGCAGUCGCACCUGGACGGACUUUGUUACACGGACAUUGCCCAUGCAAUGCACCCUCGUGAUAUAGACUGUGUCAACACUCUGCUGACCAGUGAACUGCUGGCAUUCCUGUGCAACAAUCCAGAUGCUCACUAUGCAACCAACCGUGCCAUACAGCCCCUAGUUAAGCAGCAGAGUGGGGCCAGCACUUUGUGGCACAUACCUUUCCGAUUUGAUCUCAUGUGCCUCCUGCCCAAGUGUCGACAGGCGGAAAUGGUGUUCAACACCUACAGCACUGAUUAUUCAUGGCCCGACUCUUCAACCACUGGCUCCACUCACCCAUCUGAUUGGCUCCUGAGCCUCUUCCAUACCAGCCUAUCAGAUGCCCUUUCUCUCCGUGAAAUUCCAUUGGACGAGGGUGAUCAUGUGACCUUUGUGAAGUUGGUUCUCGAGAGGAACAGGGGUGGCCAUAAACCUCUCUUCAGCAUGCCGACGCAAGAAGUGGAGUCAGAUAAACAGGAAUCUUCUGUAUUGAAUGCCAGCAAAGACAGCACAGAGACGACGAUUACGACUACAGCAAAGGGCACAGGAAUUGCGCGAUGGCGUUGUUAUGCCAAAGCCACGGGAUCUGGGCACACACUCGUCUUUGUGCCGGCGUCAUUUACAGACCUUCAAUUACUCUUGGGAACCAAUCCACAUUCAGUCAAUCCGGAUCCCGUACUCCAAGCUUCGGAUCCAGUUGUUAAUGCCGUACAAACAGAGGAGUUGGUUCCACUGCCUGUAAAUCCAAACCAGGAUCCUGAUCAAGUCGUCAAGUCUCCAGUAGGCCGCCCUGCAUCCCAGGAUCGCCCCCACCGGUCUUCCCACUCACUCGCUUUGAGUCGCCAGGGCUCGCUGCUCGAACCGUCUCCUAGCAGCAAUGGGCUCAGGUUUCCGGUUUACAUCUACAGCCACUCUGUUGACAGCCUCCGUGAGACACUCACACGACUCCCAGCCCCUCCCUGCCCUUCCUCUACCCCUGAUGCCACGGCCGCAGCGGCAGAAGCAGAAGCAGAAAUGUCUGCGUCGGGUGGAGAAGACAUGUUUUUCUGGUGUUCGUCCGAGGAGGGUGGCGUUGACCUGUCGUCACGGCAACAUAGGGAAAAGGAGCUCAUGGUGGUUUGUGAGCUGGUGCAGGAGGUGUUCCACCAGAGCUUCAUGAAAGGUCUGUUCCACUGCUUGCGACGGUCGGUUGCCGUCGCAGCAUCGGACGUCCUCUCCGCCAUUGACUUCUGUGAGGAGACGCUCACCGAGGUGGACAUUACGGCGUUCCUGCAGGCGCUGUGUGGCCACGUGCGUCCCCGUGCCUCCUGCCAAAGCCGCCACAGCAGCUGGGAGGACGAUGGUGGUGGUGAUGAUGGUGAUGCUGAUGAUGAAGGAGACGAUGUUGGUGAUCUGCACACCUCCUACUGCUGUUGCUGUCACAAGGAACAUGAAAACCUUAGAGGAGGAGUUUCUGUUGUGGCUGAGGCUGUGGAGACGAGGAAAAACUUAGAGCCUGAUGAUGGGGGCGGUGAUGCGAGUAUGGACAAGGAUCUAACGGCUACAAUGAGUGUGCUGCCUGGCUCGUCACCGCACGCCGCUGCCUCCAGUCCCCUCUGCCCUCAUCUUGCCUCGUCGCCCAUCACCAGCCAUGAUGACCCAUGCCAGCCCUUGCCCAACCUACACAGUGCUAUACAGGCAAAAUUUUUGGAAAUCAGCAGUCGAUUUUUCAAGAGCAUCCCUUCCAAUCCCGCCUUCUUUUUCUACUGUCCAACCUCACCUAAGAAAGAGAACGAGACUCAGGGCACCAAGAGAAAAUCGCGGCGCUUUGGCAAAGCCGAGGGAGUCUCCGAGACAGAGGGGAGCACUGGAGCACGAACCUCCUUCUCUCUGACCGAGAGCGAUGCUGAUAUCGUUGUCGAAUACCGUGACGAGCAUAACACGGGAGGGGAUGCCGCCACCUCCACCUGGCGCCAAGGACCAUGCAAAGGCCCUGAUGACGAUGACGAGGAGGACGAUGAAGAGCUAGAGGAAGAGGAUGAUGAUGAAGAUGAUGAUGGUGAUGAACAAAAGGACGAUAAUGGAGAAGUUGAAUUUUCAUCAGAUGGAACUAUUGAUGCUGCAGACCGAGAAAAUGACUUUGAAAUUGACGAUGAUGACGAUGAUGAUAGUGAUGGUGACGGCUGUGGUGAUAAUGGUGGAGACGGUGGUGAUGGAUUGCCGCCAUUGUUCGUCCACCUGACUUGCUCCGUCAGUGUUCGGAACCAGCACUGUUCCAUGCCUGUGCGCACGCUGCCUACAUGCCUUGGGGAGGUGUUGGGAUGGCUGGAAGGUGUGGAUCUGAGGAAGUUUAGUCUCAAGGACUUGACGGUCACAUUGGACAUAAUCAUCCUCACCCUGCCACUUGAGAUUGAGGAGUCACCACUUGGGAUAUCGCAUAACAGGUACUCAUCUGAGAACAGCGCCUUCAUUCACCGCUCGCCAGCACAGGGCAGCUCCUACCGGUCGGACGAGGAGAACAUUCUGCACGGCCCGCUGCUCCCCUCGGCCAUUGCCGAGCUACGUGAGGGAAUACCGACCCCCUUGUCCAACCUGACGGAGACACACAGGCAAGCCGUCUUGGACACAGUAGAGGAGGUGCGCUGGUUGCUUCGCGACGAGGUGGUGUCGGCUCUGCGCGUGUCUCGCUCCACGUCGCGCCGCUCCCUCGCCUCAGUGGCCGCCCAUGUGUCGCGCUCACGGGACCGCCCCUCCUGCCUCACGGAGCACGUGGCGCUGCAGUUUGUGUUCGGCCCCGACCAGUCCAUGAGUCGCUUCAUGCGGGAGCUGGAGUCAAUGGACAUGGGACAGAAAUAUGAGCUUCUUCGAUCUGGAGAAUUUCACUUUGUGGCCCUACGGGAAACACGGGACACAGAGCCCUCACUCAACACGGAUAUCGGCAACACUACCAGCGUUGAAGCCCCUUCAGCCACCGCUAGUGGUGGGGGGGGUGGUGGUGUUGAUGGUGGUGAUGCUGGUGGUGUUCAUGAUGCUGCCAGUGUUGAUGGUGUUGCAGUUGAUAGUAGGGCUCGUGAUGGUACUGAUGCCAUAGCAGCUGCUGCUGCUAUCAAUGUUAGUGCUGUUGAUUAUAUUUCCGUUGAGGCUGUUGUUGACGGUAGCAUCGUUGACGGUAGCGUCGUUGAUGGUAGCGUCGUUGACCCUGCUGUUGAUGGUGCAGCUAACGAUGACACUGCUGCGACUGCUUCUGUUGACACCACCACCACUGUCACCACCAUCAUCAUCGAAGGCAGUAGCUCAAAUGAUGGCAUUACCUCUCCCACGCCCGCCAUAGACGUCCAUAUUGAAGAUGGUGAAGAAAGUGUCGUCAUGAAUGACGCGCCGAAUUCACCAGAGGGUGAAGAAACUCUCUCUGCGGAACCUGCUGCCUCUGACACCGGCCGACAAUGCAUUGUGGAGGGUGACACUGAGAGGGGCCAGCGAGGGAGACUCGAGGACCCCGUGAGGCGUCCUCCGCUCAUGCCUGACUUCUGGCUCAUCCUGCGCAUUCAGCCAGACCGAGUCACUGUCUUCACGCACUCCAGGAGUCUCGUCGUCUCAUCGGGCUCUAUGGCUCAUACCUCGCCCUUAUCGUCAUCAUCAUCAUCAGCAGCAUCAUCAGCAUCUUCAUCAUCGUUGUCAUUGUCAGACAAUGAGCCCGAAUUCCUUUCAGUCCACCGAUUGGUCGUGAAGAAAAUCGCUGAGAUUUGUCGUGUGGUGAACCAGAGCCUUCUCCUUCAGGACCUUCAUGACACGCGCUGCUGUAACUCUCUGCUCGUGGCCGAAAGCGAGGAGGACAUAUGGAAGCCAGAGUCGGCGUACAGUUCCUACCGGCACAAACACUACAUCACUGAAGAUUAUGGAGCUGAUGAUGGCUAUCAGAGUAAAGACUACCUGGCUGCCUCCAUGCUCUUCAUGCCCGGUCACUUUGCGUGUGACAUCAUGUGGACCACCAUCAUCCCCGUGCAUCCACGCUUACGCAUGGCCCCCAGCUUGGCUGGCAGCAAAGGCAUGCAGUCACUGCGAUCGGCACUUGCCGCUUUCUCUGUGGGGAAUCGCAAGAACAUGUAUGUUUAUCAAGAGAGGUCAACAGGAGCGGUCUGCUAUCUCAGGCUUAUUGAGGAGUCCGCUGCCACCAGAACUUCCUUUGAUUCCAACAAGGAGGGGAUUCCAUCAGCAGCAUCACUUCAAUCCCCCGUCAUAGCGUCCCCCUUCAUGUCUCUCACACGCAGCCAGGAGCCUACAGCCACAACAGAUGAGCCCGUGACGCCGCGUGGGUGGUGGGACAGGCAGGUGUCCAUAGAAUCUGUGAGCUCACGGACGGCAGAAUCCUCCACCCGUGCCAUCGGUCACUCGGAGAAGAACAUCCGCCUCAACGUGCAUGGGGUCGUCCCGGCCGGAGUGGAGGUGACAGGUGAGCUGCUCAAAGCUCUGCUGCGCCGUCUCCACGAGGCGACACUCGAUGUCAUCACCGUGAUGCUCGUGCGCAACUGCAUGCUCACGCCCGCCGACGUGCAGUUCCUCCAGCCACACGGGCAGGCACCGUCGGAAACCGUGCUGGUGUUGAUGCCGCCAAUGUGGGGCCCGCGCUUUCCGGCCGUCCUGCACUACCUCCGCCAGAACCUGCACACCUUCCUCCUCUCGCCCAAGUACAUCGACACGGAUCCUGAAAACCACUUCCAGCAUUCCUCUGACAAGAGAUAUUCAAAGGGAGAAAUUUACCUGUACAACAAGCCUGGCGGUCUGGGAACAGGAGGAAAAGGCAUCGCGUGUGUGGCUCUGUCUGUGUUGGCACCGCCCGCCGACACCAGUGAGAGCAGUACGGAAGAGAUGAAGAGAGACCCCCUGUCGGACACCGACCUAGACGCUAUGACCCAGGUCACCCUGGUCAAAGAGGGCAGCGAAGUACCCACAGGUGCCGUGUUCCGCUUCUCGCUGUGGGAGACGGGCACCAUCAGCAUGGUGCAGCUGUGCGAGCGACUCCGGGCGGCCGUGCUCCACGCGGUGUGCGAGGCGGCGCUGGAGUUCGCCGUCCUCACCGCCCCCCUCUCCAUCCCCGAGCCGUCCUCGUCGUCCUCGUCGUCGCCAACGUCGUCAUUCAUGUCAUCGUCGCCAGCCGGAGCAUCUUCAUGUUCGGCAUCAUCACCAGCAGCAGCUGCAGAAACAUCAACAUUAACACCGCUGUCGUCAUCAUCAGCAGCAGCAUCAUCGUCAACAUCAUCAUUAUUGUCACCAUCAGCAGCUGCAGUUGGAGCAUCGCCAUCGGUAGCAUCAUCAACAACACAAACGUCACCAUUAUUAUCGUCAUUGUCAACGGCAGUACCACAAGCCACUGAAGGCGAUUCGGGAAUGGCUUUGAAUGUGCCCGUUGCCAUGACUUCUCCAGCCCCCGCGGCUCGCUCUCUCUCCAACCCCAUCCCGGGCGGAACGCGGGGCUCUCAACCCCCGCUCUCUCCUGGAAUUACAGCGGGUGUUUCUGCAAUGCCAGAGCUAGCCGCAACGUCUGGAACAUCGCAGGGAAAGUCUGGGAGGAGGAGCUUUUGGGAAAUAUUGGCGAACAAGACGGAUUCUCCAAAUGCCAGCUCGCCCAAGACUACAGACGACAUUACCUCAAAUCCACGUGACGAGGUGGGUGCGGGGCGACGCCGGCGGCAUAAGACUGGCACAGGUGCGCAGAGCGAUGCGGCCGCGAGUCCUGCUGGUAGCGGCACUACCUGGCUCCACCAGGAGAUUGCACGCAGGCAGGAGGAGGAGAAGAGGCAGCGCCUGGAGGAGGGUCUUGUUGGAGUGCUCCAUCCAGCCUACAUGGGGCCUUGCCAACGAUGGCUGGAAUUUAUGCAUCACAGAGGCUGCCCAUCAGUGCAGCGCUGUGAGAUGGAGCUGUCGUCGCGUCUCCAGGUCGACCGUUUCCUCGCAGAGACCGAAAACCUCGUGCACGGCGCAGCCGAGGACACGAGCGUGCGCGUCUACAUCAGGGACAGUUGCGGAACAAAGUGGCACACCUAUCAGCCUUUCCAAGAUAUGAGCGUCACCCCCGGCCUGCAAAGAAAGUUUGUGAUUUUAGCGCGGAGCAUCGCUCAAUGGAGAAGCAGCGGCAUCAGCUCUCUGGCCCACAAGAGCCUCCAGCGUUUUGAAGCGCUUGACACAAUUGGAGGGGAGAAAUCAUCCGACCAGGGAGGCGCAGUGCAUUCUGGGAAGUCGGGGCAGACGAUCGCUCCCCGUCAGAGGUUUAUUGUUUUCAGCUUGGACGAUAGAAAGUUGUCCCUGCACACCUACAACUGGUCAUCGGAGCUGGGUGCCGGCGUCAUGCGUGGCACCUCCCGCCUCGUGCACUGGCUCAACGCUCGCUCACACCUCCUGAUGUGUCUGCUCAGCCAGAAGAUGGGCCUCUUCCACCACUACUACUACGGCGACCUCCCUCCUCCCCCCAGCGACCCCGGCAAGCAGAUGGAGCCGAACCCUUUCCUACAGCCUCCGUGCGAGGCGGAUGCCCUCAUCAGGAGUUCAGCCCCCCCUCCUCCCAAGGAUCCCACAUGGGCCUCACCCAUGGGUCCUGGCAGAGGUCUCCUGGUCUCUGGUUCUACUACUACUGCUGCUGCUGGUGGUGGUGGUGGCGGCGGUGUUGCUGGUAGCGGUGGUGGUGGCGGCGGCUUGGCUGUAGGGGCCGCACCAGCAUCGUUGGAGCUGCUGCAGCUGGACGAGGCGCUGCGCGACGUGGUGGCGCCAAGGCCCAUGCGCCUGGCUCCGUACGGGGCCAGCGGCGAUGCCGUGACGAGGCACGGGGAGCAGUACCGCGAAAUCCGCGCACACGAGCGCAGGGAGAUUGAAGCGCAGUGUAAAAUUGAGAACCUGUUCAUCACGUGGCAGCAGAGGUCGGCCCAGUCCAACAUGCCCAUCACGGUGUCCGAGUUGGAUCUGCUUAGGCAGUCUUCACGGCUUGUCCACUACUGCGCUACUCCGCUUGUUUUCGACCCAGCCACUCACUUGACCGAUGCUGCUGCUGCCAACAGUGUUCCUCCAAUGGUACCGCAUUGCUCCCCGCCCAGUGGCACCAGCGACAUCGCUACCCCCACCUCUACCACUGGCUCUACCACUACUACUGCCCACAGCCUUACUCCUGGCCCUGCUGCUCCUGCUGCUGCUGCUGCUUCUGGUGGCGGUGGCGGGGAGGCCUGGCUGCUAGAGCUGUGCACGGCUUUCAUUCAGCAGUACGUGCAGUACCUCCAGAGCCUCGGAUUCAUCCUCGUACACCUGCGUCCCUCAACACCUGCACGCAGGUCAUCGGUCUCCACACGUCCACGCUCGUCUGCUUUCUCCGUGAACAUAGGGACAUCAGACGGGAAGCCCCGUUCACAGAGACCCUGGCCUGAGAGCAGCACCAAGGCUGCAGGUGGUGGAGUGUCGUCACUCAUGUAUCACCUCCAGCGAGCCCUGCCUGGUGGCCUCGUGCUGAUGGAACUCGGGUUUCAGAGACAUUUCUUCACGGUGAAGCAAUUCGCUCUCGAAUGUUCUCGAUUCCCAGUCGGGCAGUCUCUCAACCCACAGGGUUUCAUAGGAUUGAAAGCGCGUAUGAAACAUUAUGUGGAAGGGAGCACAAUAUCAGAAUCUGCGCUGUCGAUGCUGUUCACGGAGGAGUGCGAGCGCGUUCGCGAUCUGAUGCACGUGCACUCGUUCAGCCAUGACUUCCACCUGCGCGUCGCUCACCACUACCUGCUCGGCCGCCAGCUCACUUUCCCGCGCGCGUACGCCCUGGGAGCUUUCCUGCACCGGUUCGCACGCGCCCAUCGCAGCGCCCCCAAGUACGGGCGGAACCACCUGCUCACAGGUGAGCUGGAGCUUAGCGUGGGGGGCACGCCCGCCCCCCAGCUGUACGCCUACAUGGUGGAGCAUGCUCACACCUACGGCUUGAAGCCACUCACCAUGGAGAGCGGCCCUGGGCCUUGUUCCCCGGGAGGCCUGGCCCUCGAGUUCGCCCUCGUCGCUCUCUCCACCAGGUCGGGCUCCUAUAAGGAUGCUGAUGGCGUUCGUCAUUUUGAUGACUUUGAUGUCUCGCUGAUCGUGAGGCAUGACACCUCGAACCUGUACACUCAAUAUGAGCAGGAGCAGCAGCAGCAGCCUGAGCCACAGCAGCAGCAGCAUUCCGAUCUGAAGCUGCUCUACUGCCUGGUCAUGACGAGCUGCCGCGAGUUGUUCCCGCGCCUCACGGCCGACAUGAGUCGUUUCCGCAAGCUCCCCCGCUCCUACCGCCCUGAGCAGCAGCAGCAGCUGAAGGACCAGCAGCAACAAAAACUCGAUGGACAGCAGCAGCAUGCGAAAAUGAAACAAUUGCAACAGCUGCAGCAGGAACAGCAGGAGCAACAAGUGCCUCAACAGUUGACACAACAACAGCUGCAUGACGAUGAUGAUGACGAUGAUCGUCAGCAGCAGCAGCAGGAGAACAUGAAGGAGCAACAGCAGCAGAGGUCAGAGGCGUGCCCCCUUCUGCUACAGCAGCUGUUGAGGCGCACGGAUGGAGCAGCAGAGGUGACAGCAGGGCCCCGCGAGCAGCACGCGCAGAGGAACAGCAGGGAACUGCCAUUGCCACUGCCCUCCUCCACAUCCCCAUCCUCUUCCUCCACCUCGUCUUCCCCGCCGCACCUCCCGCUCUUCCCACUCCUCGCCAGCGAGAAGGAGUCGGCGCUCGCGCGCAUCCGCUCGGUGGUCGCCCUCGCACGCUCCCAGUGCCGCCGGGACUCGCUGUGGCAGAGGCUGCUUCUGGCGGCCGAUUCCACUUCGGAAACCCACGCGGCCCCGGCACCGAUGGCAUCUCCCUCGGCAGCAACGUUGACAUCGGCGUCUUCGUCGCUGGCCAACAGUGGGGGUGGAGCGCUGGGUGGAGCGGGGGAUGGUGGGGGAGCCGGGAGCGGGAGUGGCGGUGGGGGGUCGGCGGCGGCGGCGGUGGGGGGGGGAGACCUCUCGCUGCCGCUGAGAGCCCUGGCCCCUCUGAGCCAGGCAGAGCUCAGGGAGCUCGUGGAGGCCGUGAGCUGCAGGCCGCUCAAGCAGCUCGACACACGACUCGAGUUCUUUGAGACCCUGGCUCCAUCCUGGUACCAGGGUCUCAUCCGCUUGCUCCAGGGCAGGUUCUCUCACAGCUGUCGCCUCUUCAACAAUGCUGACGGCAGCGUUCAGUACCUGGCGGUAUUGAAUCAGAAGUUCCCCGACUGCUGUCUGCUCGUUCAUGUUGAUCUUCACAACAACCACACAAGCAUGCAGGCUGUGUUCAGGGAGUGGCCUCAGCAGCAACAAGGCCUUGUGCCCUCGGCAGCAGCAGCAGAGUGUGGGUCCGUGCUGACUCAGCACCUCUACCCACACCUGGAGGCCCUCGUGAACGCAGCGUGUUUCUACCUGUGGACCGGGCUACUCUGAUUGACCGGUCAGCAGUGAACUGUGGGACGGCCACCCCGCUUUUCUCCAAUGCAUAUUGUAUUCACACACGCCGAUACAUGCGCAGACAGCCCGUGUACGCACACGUGUACAUACAUACACGCGUGUUUAAAUGCACAUACUUGUUUACGUGCUUGUUCUGUACAUACACAAAUACAUACGCACGUAUAGAGGCACGCAAAAACAAUAUCCUCGUAUAGUCUUUUAACAGACUUUUUGGGGUAAGUGCUGUUCGUGAGUGCUGUUCGUGAGUGCUGUUCGUGAGUGCCAGUACAGCGCACGAAGAGGUGGCGUGGCCAACACCACAUUGGGCCACCUUCGUGUCCCCAGUGCUGAUGUUUACACACCGUGCGAGGCACUCAUUUAAAGCAAAGUCGACUUCGGGGAGACCCAGGAUGGGUUUGGAUAGACACUACUGAUGUAUGUUAGCCGUGGCUGGGAAUUGGAACUCAGGUCGCCGGGUUUGUGUAAUACAUACACGUAAUUAAGCACACACAUACACACUUAAACCUACAGACAUACAUACAUGCAGUCGCACACCAAUACACGCUACAUGCCCAAAUACACACAAACACGCAGACAGUUAUGUAUUUGGAUGUGCAGUCCAGGUCUCUCAUAAGAGAAUAUGAAUCUCAAUAUCCAGAUUAAUGUGAAGCAUCAGUGCUGUAUUACAUCAGUUUGAAGCCUUUUAAGGCAAUAGAGACAAUAGUUAUGUCAUAAAUAAGCUGUUCAUGCCAUCCCAAUAACAAUAUAUUCAAACAUAGCCUCUCUAAAAGUUAGUGUGAUCGCCUAUGGAUGGGCAUUGUGUAUCGUCUUAAUAAGUGCCAUCGUUACUGAGAUCCUGGGUUUGAGCCCUGCAUCUGGGUUGAUCCCGAGAAGUUCAUAAUGGCCGUGUUUGGACACACUCAGCCAUUAAUGCCGCUGAGAAGCUGGCUGCAGAUCCUGGCUCUGAUGUAAACAUAUAUAGCCUCAACAGACUGUUGGGACAAGUGCUAUUAGCGAGCCCCUAUGAAGGCCGGCACGGCACACGAGAGGGUGGGGGGUGGGUGACCAGGACCGGUUCAGAUAAUCGUAACUGGUGUUGGCCGUGAGUGGGAAUCGAACUCUGGUCCACUGGGUUCGUAUCGCAGCUCUCGAUAUCUUCAACCCUGGUCACCAAUGGCCGGACGCAGAAAAAAAACCUGAUUAUAAAAUGUCACGUUGUACAUUACUUCUGCCGAGCCCAGUUCUGAGGGCUCCCAGUUUUUAAACGCAGCGGCCAUGAAGAACCACGUCGUGAGAUUGCGCUCACGAGAACGAUCAGGAUACGAUUCCACAAGGAAGUUGAGUUGAAAAAAAUUAUGUUAUUACUUUGAAUUCACUGCAUUGAACAUAAUAAAAAGAUUGUUUGCAAUA